CCAAAAGGAAGAUAUUACGUAUAAUGGAGCGAUAGCACCACUCACCUUAAGCUUAAAAAGUCAAAAAUUUUUUGAUAAUGUAUUUGCACUGCAAAAGCCAUCAUCUCAAAGACUAUACCGAGACGGCUGUUGUUGGGUGCGAUCGGGGGCGAACCUGAUCAGGUGAGGCGGCUUUUGAAGGUAUGAGAUUGAAAAUAGCUAUCGAAGCGUCAGGAUCGAAAUCCACAGAGUUGAAAUGAUUUAGCAUGCAAAAGCCAGUGUUGCAGGGAUGGCAGGCGAGGCAGAUUGUGAACCUGUUUAGCGUUUGGGAUAGAACUGCUAAAGUAGUAUGACAAAAGCGGUCUUCUGCGUCCAAACAGGAUGACAAAUUGGACUCCGGUGCUCGGAAAAUUUUUCAUGUGCCGUUUGAUAUGUAGUGAGGUCACCGAACGGUUCUAACCGGGGAGUUUUUUUGCCAUCUCCCGUGAAAAACGACCGGCAGUUUUCAAUCGGCCGGAAGCGUUUUUUGACAUAAAAGAUUUCCAUUUAUCAAUCGGUCGGGGCUUUGCCGUCAAACAAGCCCGGGCGGAUUCUAUCGGUUCCCGAUUGAUAAAACGACGCAAGGGAGCCGCCAAAAGGGGCGCCCUUCUGAGGCGCCCAGCGCACCUAUUUCCAUCGAUUUGGGGCGCCCAAAAAGGGGCGCGCAAAAAGCUUGCCCAAAAUCAGAACAGCGAAACAGCAUGGCACGGCCGCGAUUUCGGAGCAUUUUGGGCGGCCGCGAAAGCGGCCGCCUUUUCGCCGGUUUCAGAGCCUGGGAAGCUUUGCAAAAAGCGCCGGAGGGAAAAAUAAAAACGCGAAAAAGAGAAAGCGCCCCGGACGCGCAAAGCCAAUCCGCAUGCUAUGGGCCCGAUUUUUCUUCGCUUUUUGGGCGCCCCCCGUGGCACCCGGAUCGGCUCCAUAGCAUGGGGGCUAGCUCGCGGAAAGGAAUUUCGGAGAUUUGCCAAAAGUUGCGAUGUUUAUCGAGCGGCCGCCAUACCGUGCGGCCUAACGUUACUCACGGCGGUAUGGCGAACCCAGAAAAAGCAAGGCCGCGGCCAAGUCGAUGGCCGGCAAGAAAACGCCCACGACCUCACUACCUCCGCCCCGGCGGCUAUAUUUGGUAAUUGGGCAUCCAACUGGUAUCGGUUUUAUGCAUGGGUAGGCACUAGAAGAAAUGCAAAUGUCAGUCAGCAAAAUGAUCUAGGUAACAAAUCAAAAAGAAAAAAGCGCCGGCCCCAAUCCCAACACAAAGCGCCGGCACGCCCAAUGUGGUCGUCGCGGCUCCGGCGCACCCAGAUCUGUCGUUCCAUUUCCGGUGCGCCCGAUCUGGUCGUCCCGGCUCCGGCGCGCUCAGACUGGUCGCCCCGGUUCCGGCGUUCCCGAUCUGGUCGCCCCGGCUUCGGCGCGCCCAAUCUGGUCAACCCGGCCCCGAACGGCCGGGGCGACUUUUGGCCGGUCCGACGGCCGUCGGACGACUUUUGGGUGUCCGGCGGCCGUCGGACAACUUCUGAGCCGUCGGGCGACUUGUUUUGGCCGUCCGACGGCCAUCGACAGACCUUCCGGUGUCCGACGCCCAUCGGACAAAUUCUGAGCCGUCGGACGACUUUUGGUUGUCCGACGGCCGUCGGGUGAUGGAUUGGACCAGACGAGUAGCGGCAGCGCGGACCGUUGCGGCCACUUCGAGCCUGUAUCUUCUCGAACAAACUCAAGCUCGAGCUUGUAUCUCAAACUCAAACGCGAGCUUGUCUCCCAAACUCGAACACUAAGUCAAUUCUGGAAAUCAAAGCCAUGCUCGAGUUUGUAUCUCAAACUGAAAGUCAAGCGGGAGGUUGUAUCUUAGACUCAAGCCCGAGCUUGUCUCUCAAGUUCACACUCGAGCUUGUAUCUCAAACCCAAACUGGAGUUUGUGUCUCAGACUCCAGCUUGUAUCUCAGAUUCAAGCCCGAGCUUGUAUCUGAAACUCGCGGGAGCUUGUGUCCCAAACUCAAACUGGACCUGGAGCUUGUAGUAUGCAACGAGACAAAGUCCAUGGAUUAUGGUGGAGACCCAUGGCACUAGAGUAUCUGUGUAUGACCCGGCGCGUGCAGGAGUUGAAGAAGUGCAGGGGUAGUAGUGUAGCUUUUUGCUGUUCAGUAGUCGAAGGAGCGGAAAAACAGUACGUGUUAAAAAAAACCACUGACGCCAUGUUGAAAAAAGUCAAAACAAAGAAAAAAAAAGUCGGUCCCGUAGAUCCAAAAAAUCUUUCCAGAUGCUCCAACCCUGCCGCACGGGAAUCAGGCAUGCUCUAGAAUUAAUAAUCGUACUCAGGUCGGGUAUAGGGCUUUACGACCUACACAGUGGCGUCGGUAGAAAAUACUUCACAGAUCAUUUUUGUAAGCAACUCGUAGAUAGCUCGGGGCUUACGUUUAGGGCAAAGGCGUGUUCUCACGUCAGAGAGGCGACCGCGCUGCUUUUUCCUAGUCGUGUGCCAGGUUGCGAAAAAAUGUAAGCCCGCUCCUGUCUAUCGAGUGUCGAGAGUUGGGGUAAGAGGCAACGCCAGUCACCACCUAUCUAAAGCUAAGCUUGUAUAAUUAUGUGACCCGUGGCACUAGAAUAAUUAUGUAUGACCCGACCGCUGCUGAUGUUGAGACGCAGGGGUAGUAGUCUAUAGGUUUAUUUGCGUAGCGGGUUUGUAAGAGGACCAAGUAAACACAAGUUAAAAAACCACUGACGCCGUGGCAAGGAAAAAGCCGCUCCUAGUACUCUCCACCACAACGAUUUUUAGAAAGUGACAGCAUCGCAGUGCGGGAUCCAGGCAUGCUCUAUAUAAUUUUCAGUAGUCAGCAUGGGUUUAGGGUCUUUACUUACAUAGUGGCGUCGGUAGAAAGUGUUUUUUAUAAAACAUCCUUGUAGCGACCGGUAUAUAGCACAGGGUCAAGGGUAAAGACGUGUUUCCACGUCAGUGAGGCGACCACACUGCUCUUUUCUAGUCGUGUGCCAGGCUGCGAACAGAUGUAAACCCGCUCCUGUCCAUCGAGGAACUGAGUAAGAGGCAACGCCAAUCGCCACCUAAUUCCGUCCGUCCGCUUGUAUCUCAAACUCAAACUCGAGCUUCGUUUUGAAACUCGAACUCUAACUGACAUUUGCAUUCCUUUAAGCCAAGGUAGUUAGUGUCUAUGUAGUGAUAAGAUUUCGUUUCCAACUUUGUUGAUUUCGAUCCUGAAUCCGGUUUGACGUCAGGUUGAGCACGUGAGGCGGGUUGUUUAAGUAUCACUGGCGGCUCUUUGGAGGUUGAUUUGCUCACACGGAUGAGGUGGCAGUGUGAUGUUCGUCUGAAGCGCAGCAGCAGUGAGUUCUCGGAUUCACUUAUGCUGUGCGACUCCCUACGCUUGGUCGUUCACCGCUAAAACGGGUGGCGUUUGGUCUUCUUAUAGUUCUUAAGCUCUCUCAAGCUGUUGCAAAGGACUUGCUCUCAGGAUGCAGUAGCUGCAUAUGUCAGACGGUUACUCGCACACCAUAAGAUGCGAGCAAAGGCUUGACUUCGAUCCCGAGAGUUCCAUACUAGCUCCAAGCUAAGCUAGUUAGUUAAGGCGUGGACUAUAGAGAGGAUUUAGAGAUCAUGACUGUCCAUGAAAGAGAGCGGCGCUAUCGCCAUGCCCAUGGUAUAUGGGACAUUUGUCGAAGCCUGUGCGGCUCGGACGGGGCUCCGAGGCGGCUGGACGGCCUACCGCCUUGGAAAUGGCGCUUCAGAGUGCAAGCCUAUUACGUUCUAUCUACCUUCAAUUCUCUACCGAUUCAACGCGCUUAAUUAACUAGGUCACCUUGGAGCUUCCUUGUAGCUAGUUCUCAUCUUGAUGCCAGCCAUGCCGUCACAUCACGUCCGUGCCGUCGUGUUUUGCACCUGAAAACUGCAAUCAAAGCAUAUAUAUAUAGCGACAAGCUUUUUGAUUUUUAAUUUUAUUUUUAAGGUGAGUGGCCUAGUUCCGCGCGCACCGCUCUUCUUGCCUAAUCCCGCGGCCUGCGCAGCACGUCCCAGCUCCGCGGCCUACGCAGCACGUCCCAGUUCCGCGGCCUAUGCAGCAAGCGUUUCAGGGUUAAAGGGUUCGUUUGGGGCUCCUAACUUGAUUGUAGCGUGAGUGGUUCUAUCGACCCCAUAGAUAGACGGCACGUUCAACAGUUACUCGCUCGCCUGUAGAAGCGAGCACACUAUUGGUUUUUACCUCGGAUAAGAUCGCCUCCAUUGAUUCCAGCGAUGAACAAUGUCCUGCCAAACAACCCCCGCACUCUUCGAAGUCCGGUGCUCUGGGGCAUAUUGGCCGCGUCGUGGUGAUAGAUGCGACGCCGGGCCCGCAGAUGGGCUCGCGCCGUUGUAAAUCAAAAGGCCGCCCGUGGAAUCCAGAUCGAUUGACUGCCUGGCUAAUGGUGUCGCAUUUCGCCACUCUUUGGCUCCUGCUAAAUCUGCAACAGCUCCAGAAGGAAUGCCAGCGCAAAAGAAUGAUGCGGCUGACGCGGAGUAUGAGUUUCGCUUUUAUCUGUUUGAUGUUGUUGUUCCAAACCACGGGGAUUCCACCGGCAUUUGGAUUUCGGGUCGAACUCGACGAAAGCAUCGAAGGUGAAGCAAGAUUGUUGCGACAGACCAAUCACAUUGAUAGAACGUUUUGCGAGACCGAUGACACAUGAAACAGAUAACCAACUUUGCAGAGUUUGUUGCGUGGUUGUUUUUGCGUGAACAGCAAAAACCGGAGCCCCAAAGUGAAAAACACCAAAAAAACUUCUCGCCUGCUCUGCCGAGCAGAAGUGCUCGCGCUUACACAAUGGGGCGCAUAUGGCGCAGCAGUAUUUUAUAUUGAAUGAAUUCUGGCACUGACGAGUGGCUACAUGAAACACAAACAUUUACAGAGACGCGCCUCGUCAGCCGUAAUGGGACGCCAAGUGUAUCAGCAAAAGCGGGCGAGGAGGAACUUCACGCAAACGUCGGUCGGCGCGACCACUUUUCCGUCAUGGGAAAAAGCUCUGAAGCGAAGUCGCUUGAUUUUAGUACCGAUUUGGAUUGACUUCAAGAAUGUUAAGAAAAUCAGAAAAAAAGCAGAGAAAAAAACCUGAGGCGUUUCUUUUGCGACGCACAGCAACGAUUUUGUGCCGCUUUUGCUAACGUCCACAAGCGAGCGGCCCUGCUGCCCUGUUUGUCGCGCGAUUAUCCCGCAGGGUAGUGCGACUCAAAGUCGAUUCUUCGUGUUCUCGAAGUUCGAGAACGCGCAGAAUAGACUUUGCGGUACUUUAUUUUGCCGGUGCCCUGAAGAAGCGCUAGGUCCCACCCUGGGGCAGCCGGGCUGCGAGAUUCCGGCAGUCGGGUUCCGGCGGACACCGGGCUAUCAGAUUCGAGCGGGCAGUGCUGACACGAUCGAUUUUGUGAGUACCCGGAGGCGCUGACAGAUUCCAUGUUUCCGCGCAGUGCGGGUCUCGACGAAGAUGCCCGACCCUCGGGUGAGGUCACAAAGUCCGGGCGUGGUUACAAAAUCAAUUUUGCAACGACACAAAAGCCGGCAAAAGCUGCAAAAUUCAUUGCGCGGGGCGAAGUCGCAAAGAAUGGGCCCCUGCCUGGCUUUGUGCCGUUGCGCCGGAUGCGUCGCACGCUACAGGCUCAGGGAUGAUCGCUAAAGCCAGAACUUGAGCCCCGACCUAGUUCCGUGCCCUCGCCGUGUGCGCCCAGCACAGCAACCAAAGAAAAGCAGCCAAGGUUGUGGAUUCAUAUCGGGGCCAACGCUCUGAAAAGUCGCGAACGCCCCACAGGCAACGCGUUCCGAGCUCCGCAGAGAUAUGAAAGCUCGGUGUCCGGCGGGCGCCGAGAUUUUAGAGCACAAAAUCGGCUGCGUGAACAUCCGGCCGCCUUCAGCAAUCCGGCGCGACCAGGACAAUCAUGCUGCUCGCAUGCGCCGCACGGUGCCAACAGGAUUGAUUUUGUGCUCGCCUCCGGAGCGGUGCCUGCGAAAGCGAUUUUGUGGCGUCCCGCGGGAACAAAAUCAAGCGAAGCCGGAGUUCGAUUUUGCACUCGGCUUCCGGCAGCCGCCGGGCAGUUAGAGCGCAAGAUCGAAUUUGUGAGCAUUCCCCUCGCGGGCCGGGGGACUUUCAUCUGGUCGCGGACGCCGCACGUUGCCUACAAAAGCGAUUUAGCGACGCCGAUUUGCCUCUCGCGAGGCGCGCAAAACUGGGUUUGUCGUUCGCGAGGCGCGCAAAGUCGAUCGUGCAGGCGGCGCUCUGUGCACGGUGCCGGUAAAAGCAAGUGUGCGGCCUCGGAAACGCGCCAAGGUGCCCGUUGGCACAAAAGUGGGAAAUCCAGCAAGCCGAUUCUAGAGAAUCGAUUUUGCAGAUGAUCCGGGAUUCCGGAUUUUCGGAAGACUCCGGAUUUUUCACAAAAUCGGCUUUCUGGAUUUCCAGAAAUCCCGGAUUUUAUGGAUUUCCCAGAUUUUCCGAAAAGGUAUGUUUUCCGGAAAAGUCCUGACUUCAGGGGUUUUCCACAAAAUCGAUUUUUCUAUCACCGGAAAAAUCGAAGAAGAAUCCCGGGAACUCCGGGAAGUCCGAGACUCCAAGAAUUCCGGAGAUCCAAAUCUGGCGAAAUCUGUGUUCCGCGAAAUCGCUUUUGUGUGCGUCUAUUGCUCCAUAAUUCCAAACCGGAGGAAUAGCAAUUGCCGAUAGCAAUUACGGACACUUACGGACACACAAACUGGGUAAAGAUUCCCCAUUUUUCAGACAUCCAGCAAAAAACAUCCCUCGACACCCAGCCAAAAAAUGCGCGGGCAAAUCGGGAACAAAGGAAACCGGGAAGCGGGGGAAAUGGCGAAAAGGGGAAAGCGGGAGGCACGGGGAAGGCUUGGAGCAUGGGGAAUGCGGGAAGCGCGGGGAAGGCGGGGAGCGCGGGGAAAGCGGGAAGCGCGGGGAAGGCGGGAAGCAUUGGGAAGGCGGGAAGCACUGGGAAGGCGGGAAGCAUCAGGAAGGCGGGAAGCACAGGGAAGGCGGGAAGCACGGAGAAGGCGGGAAGCACGGGGAGGGCGGGGGGGCACGGGGAAGGCGGGAAGCACGGGGAAGGUGGGAAGCACGGGGAAGGCGGGCAGCGCGGGGAAGGCGGGCCGCGCGGGGAAGGCGGGCGGGGAGCGGGAGGGGGGCACGGGGAAAACGGCUUGUGAAAAGCUGGCGCAGUGGGGCGGCCGGGGGGAGCGGGAAGGGAGGCCCGGGAAAGCGGGGGGCGGCGAAAGCGGAAACGGGAAAGCCGCCAGGCACCCGGGCCCCAGAAUAUAUAUAGAUUGCCAAGCACCACGCGAGCAGUUGCCCACCACCCUUCCCCGGCGCCCCCGUCUAUUCGCGGGGAAGAGCGCGCCGCCGGCCGCCGCCUUGCUGUAGGAAGCAAGCCGCGCGGGCGAGGGGGGGGCGACAGACGUUGCAAGCGAACACGCGGGGCGCCGCUGUUGCCCGCAGGUGGAUGGGGGGAAGGAUGGUGGGCCCCCGGCACCCGAGGAACGAUCGGGCUCCCCCCGCCGUCCGUCUGUCCACGCGGAAGGGCCCUCCGCGCGUUGUGUUGUGAAACAAAGGCCGCGCGCGCGAGACGGCAGGCCGGGGGCAGGCGAACAGGCAGGCGGCUGCCCAUGCGGGAGUGCGCGGGGGGGAGCCGAUGGGCGCACAGCAAUGGAGGCGCGCGAGAGUGGGCCCACAGGCAAUCUGCACGAGCCGGCCGUGCGACAGGCGCGGAGGGCUUCGCGCGCCAACGCCUCGCAUGGCGCGGGCUGUUUUCUUGCUUUCUUACGCUCUUCGCCCUGCCGGCGCUCCACUAUUGUCAAGCUUCUCCGCGUUGGGCUAUAGGCCUGCCACCUCGCAGGCGGGCGCGAACUGCGAGCGAGGUCGGCACGAAACGACGGGAACAACAGGCGCCAUGGCGCCCCGCCAAGGUUCUCUCAGGAAGAAGUGGCGCCGGUGCUUGGCCCCGCCCUGCCUCAAAAUUUCCCUCCUUACCCACCCUCUAGCCUUUUUCUUCCCCCCCUGAUUGUCCACGCGUUUGCCCUCCCAUUGCGCGACAUAAGCUGCGGCCUUGUAGAGAGCAAACUAGGGGCGUGAUUUGAAGGGGCGAAUUGGAGACGGGCGGCAGAGUGAGGAAUUAGCGACGGAUCUUAGAGGCCAACUGUAGAGCCCAGCUCAUCUACCUAGGGGGCAACACUAGAGACGGACAUUAGAGACGGGGGCGAAAGGCCGGGCUUUAGAAGGUUGCGGCGGGCGCCGAGUUGCUUGGAGUUUCGUUGUCUGAGAUGGCCCUCGCGGGUUUCCUUGCCUCUACACCAGGAGCCCUCUAACCAGUCAGAGAAGUGAGCAGAUGGACGAGGGGGCCGGAGGCUGUCUCACUCUACCAUCCAGCUAGAUACAGUCUCCUUUGGGAGUCCAACCGGCAGCAACAACAAGCAGAAAGCGCGGGGUGAGCUCCGUAGCCCUAGCUAGAGGACCUGCAGCGCACAGGCCCGCGCUAGGAAGUAGGGUAGCACUGUUGGCCUUGGCCCCAUAGUAGCACUUAGCGUGGGCGAUUUGCGGGCGAUUUUCCAGAAUAUUGGGUUCGUCGCCCGAGUGGUAGUGUUUAGCAUGGCCCAUUCUGGCUACCCACAGCACUGGCUGCACCACGUGGGUAGGGGCUUCCUUCGGACGUGCAGCAGCGCACUGGGAGGUUGGUGCAGUGGUCUGUGGCGAGCUCCCGCCCUGGCAAGGCUCGGCAGCAUUCCCGGUGUGGAUGGCAAGCACAGGAAGAGUUGGCCAGUGCCGGGCGAAUCUCUGUGCCAAGGGAUUUUUCCUCAUCUGUGGAGAAUCUCUGUGCCAGAGACUUUCUCACACCCACCGAGACGAGCAAGCACGGCCGCAGGAGAUUAACAAAUCAAAAAAGGCCAAAACACCGCGUCCCUGCUCAACAGCCGUGCCUUCACAAGUUUAACAAAUAGAUAUAGAAGUCAAAAGCGCCGGGAUUCAUUUGCUCAGCAUCGUGCUUUUUCGGGAGAAUUUCUUUAGAUGUCAAGAGAAUCUCUUUGCGCAAAAGAGAUUCUCCGAGAUUUUCUUUGCGGCAAGCAUUGCUAACUACUAUCGGGUCUGUCCAUUCGGAACUUCUUCCGCAUCGGAAGCAGCAUAUCCUUGUUCGGCACCAGCCAGCGCGCAAGCAUUCUCUCCGUGAUCGACACCACGCAUUCCGGUUCGUGUCUGGCCACCCGCGAAUACGUCCGACUCGGCAGCGCCGUGGCCUUCUUGGGCGCCGGGCUUAUGGGCGCGCGGCUAUAAAAAGUCCGUCCCAGAAAUCUCUACCAUUUGAUGUCAGCGCUACAGCAGUGGAAGACAAAUUUGACCGCAUGUUCGUGCUCGUUCUGUCCGCACGGGAAAACUUUGCGCAAAGGAAAGUGAUGCGCGCGACAUGGUUGAAGCCGAAGCCGAACUGGAUUAAGAGCGAAGGAAGCAAUGCUGGAAGUCGCAGAAUGUGGGCGCAGUUUCUUGUUGGCGCACAGGGUUGCGAAAUUCCAAUUGCCGAGAGGACCGCUGGGGACUUGGCCGUUGGAGGCUACUGCACGCUUCGCAAAGAAGAACACAGUGGCGCUUCUCGCGUUUCUGAUCGCACUUCUGGCCUUGAGGGCAACAGCAGAACUGCAGAACAAGAGUGGCUGGCGCAGCGCGAAAAGGAGAAACAGCUUACCGCAUCGCUCCAGCAAGAGAAGAACGACUAUGGCGACAUAGCCCUCCUUCCGCUGGUGGACGUGUACCAUAACAGCUCGUUGAAAAUGAAGCUUGGCUUAAAAUGGGUCACCUCGCAAGACUUUUCCGAAGGGUUGCAGUGGAUUGUGAAGGUUGAUGACGACACGUACUUAAGGCCUUUUGCGUUACUGCGGUUUCUUUUUCCGCAAAUGAGUGACGAGUUCCCAACGAAGGGGCUCGAUCCCAAAUCUGAAAAAAUUUUGCUUGGAGAUCUUUUUCCGCACAGCCUGGUCCAGCGUGAUCGGAAGACGACAAAGAACUCAGAGAAUAACUAUCCCCACACCUACUAGUCGCAAGCUGCCCUUGACUCACUCCGCACUAGAAACCAAAAGCAACACACAACAACGACCAGGCAGGCACCCCGCCAAUCGCUCAGGAAGGCGACGGCCCCAUCGACACAGGCACAGCCGGGCCUCUAAUGUUCUGGCCCUAGCUUCAAGCUCAAGCGCCCCGCCUUUCUUAACCUUCAGCGGAAAUUCCCUAGCCUCUAGCGGCCUUCCUAGCCCUAGUCUCUAGCGGCCCACCUCUUUCCCCCCUUGGCUCCGCCCCGGCCCCCCGCGGCCUAGUCCUAGCCACUAGGGGGCCCGCCCUAGCCACGAGCGGCCUAGCCCACCCUGGCCUCCAGCGGCCUAGCCCGAGCCCCAAUAGGCUUAGCCCCAGUCCCUAGUGGUCUAGCCGUGAACUCUAGUAGCGGCCCUGCCGUGGUCUCUACGCGGCGGCCCCGAAGCCCUUGGCCUCCGCAGCCUAGGCCCUAGCGGCCCAGCCCUAGCGGCCCAGCCCUAGCGGCCCAGCCCUAGCGGCCGGCCCAGCCCUAGCGGCCGGCCCAGCCCUAGCGGCCGGCCCAGCCCUAGCGGCCUGCCCAGCCCUAGCGGCCUGCCCAGCCCUAGCGGCCUGCCUAGCCCUCGCGGCCUGCCUAGCCCUAGCGGCCCGCCUCGCCCUAGCGGCCCGCCUCGCCCUAGCGGCCUACCUAGCCCUAGCGGCCUACCUAGCCCUAGCGGCCUAGCCCUAGCUGCCUAGCCCCAGCGUCCAGCGGCCUAGCCCUAGCGGCCCAGCGUCCAGCGGCCGGGCCCUAGCUCCUAGGCCAGCGGCCGGGCCCUAGCUCCUAGGCCAGCGGCCGUGCCCUAGCUCCUAGGCCAGUGGCCGGGCCCUAGGUAGCUCCGGGGGUAGCGGCCCGCCUAGGCCCUAGCGGCCUAGCCUCCAGCGGCCCCGCCCUAGCCUCCAGCGGCCCCGCCCUAGCUCCCCGGCUAGCGCCCUAGCGAUGGCCCCUAGCGGCCUUGCCAGCCCUAGCCUCUAGCAGCCGCACAAGCCUCAGCCUCCCUCUAGCGGCCUCACAGGCCCUAGGCUCGAGCCGGCCCAGCCUGCCCUAAACCCUAGCGGCCCCGCCAGCCCUAGCCCCACCCUAGCGGCCCCGCCAGCCCUAGCCCCUAGCGGCCUCGUCAGCUUUAGCCCCUAGCGGCCUCGCCAGCCGUAGCCUCUAGCGGCCCCGCCGGCCCUAACCUCUAGUGGCCUAGCCGGCCCUAGCCCUAGCGACUUAGCCUGCCCUAGCCCCGGGAGGCCUGGCCAGCCCUAGCCCCGGGCCUGGCCUGCCCUCGCCCGCCCCCGUCUGCCCUCCCCUGCCCUCCCCUGCCCUCCCCUGCCCUGCCCUCCCCUGCCCUCCCCUGCCCCCCCCCUGCCCUCCCCUGCCCCCNCCUGCCCUCCCCUGCCCUCCCCUGCCCUCCCCUGCCCUCCCCUGCCCUCCCCUGCCCUCCCCUGCCCUCCCCUGCCCUCCCCUGCCCUCCCCUGCCCUCCCCUGCCCUCCCCUGCCCUCCCCUGCCCUCCCCUGCCCUCCCCUGCCCUCCCCUGCCCUCCCCUGCCCUCCCCUGCCCUCCCCUGCCCCCCCCUGCCCUCCCCUGCUCUCCCCUGCCCUACCCUGCCCUGCCCUGCCCUAGCGGCAUGGACGGCCAGCAGCCCUAGCCCCUAGAGGCCAAGCCAGCCCCAGCCCCUAGCGGCCUAGCCGGCCCGAGCCUGCCCUUAGCGGCCUAGCCGGCCCGAGCCCCAGCGGCCUAGCCGGCCCGAGUCCCUGGCGCGCGGCCUCGCCAGCCCUAGUCCCUAGCGGCCUAGCCAGCCCGGGCCCCUAGCGGCCUGGCCAGCCCUGGUCCGUCCGCCCCUACCGGCCAAGCCAGCCCUAGCGUCUCGCGGCCUGGCCAGCCCUGGUCCGCCCCUAGCGGCCAAGCCAGCCCUAGCCUCUAGCGGCCUAGCCAGGCGGCCCUAGCCUGUAGCGGCCUAGCCAGGCAGCCCUAGCCUCUAGCGGCCUAGCCAGGCAGCCCUAGCCCCGAGCUACCCUGCCUGGGGGACCCGGAGGCCGGAGGUUUCGGGGACCAGCCUCGGGACCCGGAGGGCGGAGGUCGCGCGGACCUCGGGGCCCGGAGGUAGAAGGCUUCGGCGGCCUCGCGACCCGGGGUUCCUUCGGGGACCUCGGGACCCGGGGGUCCAUCGGAGGUUUCGGGGACGGACCGCGGAGCCCGGAGCCCGCAGGUCGCGCGGACCUCGGGGCCCGCAGGUCAGGGCUUCCGGGGACCUGCUUCGGGACCCGGGGGGCGGAGGUUUCGGAGACCUCGGGGCCUUGGGGUCGGAAGUUUCCUUAGGGGACCUUGGGGGCCGAACGGCGGAGGUUUCGGGGGCCGUGGAACCCGAAGCGCGGGGUUUUCGGGGACCUCGGGAACCGGAGAUCGAAGGUUUCCGGGGCCUCGGGGCCCGGGGGGCGGAGGUUUCGGGGGUCGCGGGGCCCGGAGGUCCUCCGGAGGUUUCGGGGGCCGCGCGACCCGGGGUCGAAGGUUUCCUCUCGGGGGCCGCGGGGCCCGAAGGUCGGAGGUUUCGAAGGUCGCGGCGGUUUUGGUCGGGGGGUUUCCGGGGUCGAGGCUCGAGGUCGCGGGAGUUUUUGCUGGAGGUUUCGGGCGGUGAGCGUUAUAGUUUUUUGCUCUAUAGUUGCCAUUAUCCUCCUUUCCCCAGUGGGGGUUCCGGCGAAGUUUUCUCUUGGAAGUUUGCCAAGGAUGUUGCUGACCAUGAAGCAAAGCUGUUCAACUACGCAUGUGAGGACGCUGCCUUAGGAAUUUGGGCGGCAGAACAAUUAUCAGGCGUUCGCAUGGUUACAACUCGACCAAAAGGCGACGACACGCAGGCGUGGCGCUGGUUGAUAAACGCUCGACGUGUUGAAUCGGGUAUGGUGGGGGCGAGAGGCAUGUAUGAGUUUUGCGAUGUAUGAGCCUCAUACAUCGCAAAACUCAUACAUCAUACAUCGAAGAUUUGAGGAGAACGCGACGGCUUCCGUGUACGAUGUAUAAUGUGCCGUACAUGGUCCAGUGUAUGAUGUGCGAUGUAUGAUGCAUUGAUGUAUCACACAUUGCAAAUUGGAUACAUCAAUGCACGAUGUAUGAUACAUCGUGCAUUGAUGUAUCAUACUUACAUUGUACAUCAAUGCACGAUGUAUGAUACAUCGUACAUUGAUGUAUCAUACAUUGCAAAUUGGAUACAUCAAUGUACGAUGUAUGACACAUCAUACGUUGAUGUGUCACACAUUGCAAAUUGGAUACAUCAAUGCGCGAUGUAUGAUACAUUGAUGUAUCAUACAUCAUACAUUGAUGUUUCAUACAUUGUACAUGGAUGUGUCACAUUGUACAUUGAUGUAUCAUACAUGGCACAUCAUACAUCGUACGUCAUACAGAUACAUCGUUACGUCAUACAUGGCGCAUCAUACAUGGUACGUCAUACAUGGCACGUCAUACAUGAUGCAUUGGUUGGAUGUGUGGCGCUGCUUGCUUGGUGUUUGGUGCUGCUGCUUGAUGCUGCUGCUGGCUUGCUGGUGGUUUGCUUGCUUGCUGGUUGGUUGUCAAAGCUGGCUGCUUUUUUGCUGGUUGGGUAGCAUUCGUGGCUGCUUUUUUGCUGGUUGGUUGUUUUGCUUGUUUGGUUGUCAAAACGCCGGAACGACAACCGCUCGCGACAAGACCCGCCGACCCCACCCGCGCCUAAGGCUGCGUCACGAUGAGGGUGAGGUACGUCGCGGGUGGUAGUGUGGGGGCCAAAAAUGUCCUGCAUGCGUGUCCUCCACGCGGGCGGCCCCUGGGUGUGUCACACUAGCGGCCUUUCCUGGCGCAGAGUGCACAGCGAACGACUAGGAUGGGGCCGGUGCCAGAAGCGUGUGCGGCUGUGCAGGGCUUCAGCACAUGACAUGCGGCGCCCGCCCCUCUCCACCAGGUCGAUGCAUGCAGGUGAAUCGUUCCGACGAUUGAAACGACGUGCCACGAUCAUGUCUACCCUAGGACAGUGGAUUCGAUCUGCAGAAAGAUACCGAAACUCAGCACACCAGCAGGGGCGCGAGACAACCAAACCACCAACCAGCAAAAAAAGCACUUUGAGGAUUCUUGUGGUGUAUCCGCGAAAUUUCAAAAUUUUAUUUUUAUUGAUUUGCAAAAUCCGCGAAAUUUCAAAAUUUUAUUUUUAUUGAUUUGCAAAAUCCGCGAAAUUUCCUUUUUUUAUUUUUAUUGCCUAGGGAAAUUUACAGCAAACCAGCAAGCAAGCAGUGCACCAAGCAGCACCACACAACCAACCAAACCACCAGACCACACUACACCAUACCCCAUGUAUGAUGUGCCAUGUAUGAUGUGCCAUGUAUGAUGUGCCAUGUAUGAUGUACCAUGUAUGAUGUACCAUGUAUGAUGUAUGAUGUAUGAUGUACCUCAAGCACAGAAGUUGCGAUGUGUGAUGUAUGAUGUAUGAUGUAUGAUGUACCUCAAGCGCAGAAUUUGCGAUGUAUGAUGUAUGAUGUACGAGGUACCUACCGCGCAGAAUUUGCGAUGUGUGAUGUAUGAUGUAGGAGGUACAUACAUCGCAGAAUUUGCGAUGUAUGAUGUAUGAUGUAUGAUGUACAAUGUUCGAAAGGUCGUUCUCCUCAAAUCUUCGAUGUAUGAUGUAUGAGUUUUGCGAUGUAUGAGGCUCAUACAUCGCAAAACUCAUACAUGCCUCUCGCCCCCACCAUAUUGGGUGAAUCCGGCGACAUCGACAAAGCUUGCAUGGACCCGGAGGCAAUAAUUAUUGGCGACCUGACGCCCGAGCAAAUCCGGGCCUGCGCUGAAAACGACGCAAGAAAAGGACGCGUUGGGCCCGACGGUUGGUGCACCGACAUACAGCCUGCGAGGCUGGCUACAAAUCCUGCAGUCCCGAUGCAGCAGCUGCGUUCCUUCGACAGAAUGCAACUCAUGCAUGAUGGACCGGCGGGUCGAAUGCGCUGACCGUGACGCUGCAAGAAAUUGCGAAUCUGACAGACGGCGCCAACGCACAAGAAGAGGGUCUCUCAUGCGCCAUCAGGCGUUUGCCAUCGACCCGGGAAAUCCUGCUGCAUGAUAUCAGGAGACACGGCGUUGCAUCUUCGAGCGCAGGGCUGUCCACCCUGGUGCGAGUUUUUUUAACGACGAUAUGCUGAAAGGGUGCUCAGCGAAGAUCACCUAACCUCCGACCACUUCUGAAACCAGGAACAGCAGCUUUGGAUGGUGGUCAAAAAUAUAUAAUGUCUUGAGAAGAUUCGGUCCGGUAUUUGGGCGUCUCACAUCAACUAGGGAUAGCGCCGAAUCCCUGUGCGCUGAAUCUCUCUUAUUGCGCUCGUGAAUAUCGUCCUGCUCCUCCUGCUUAUAAAUUUUUUAUAAAUGUGUUGACUUUAUUGUGUUUCUUCUUCUUGUCUUUGUGUUUAAUAGACCUUUUUUUACUCUUUCCUUCAAAAGCGAAAGGAGCAAGUUCUGACAAAUGUCGAACGAUUGAGAAUAAAGCGAGCUCUUCGUAGGUUGCUUUCGUUUAGCUAUAGCCUGUAGCGAGCUCUUCGUAGUUUUUUUGGAACAGCUCUGACGCUUUCUGGCACCUCCGGAAUCCCGGACGUGAUCACUUCUGUCACCCUGCGAAACGCAGGCCCCCCAAGAAGCAGACCAUGACAGAGAGGUCGCCGCCUACAACUACAAGCGGCGCGCGCUACAGCCAUUCGCGCGAGACCCUUGCCCCCCCGUCCUCCGACCGUUCUGGCUUUGCGCAUACGGGUCCACUCUCUCUUCCUCUUUUUUCAUCGUGGGAACAACAGUUCUCCUCUUCACAAAAACAUAACAGAAGGCGAGUUUCUCAAUUACAAGAGUGUGGAGACACACCGCCGAGCGUGGAGCCUCUGGCGCCUUUUCUUCAUGGCGCCUUUUCUUAAUGCAGGGUUUCCGGAUGCUCAAGCCCCUAGGUCUUCGCCCUGCUGCUUCAUUCUCGUGCGGCAUGAUGCGCAGGGCGAUGACGUUAUUACUUUGAUGACUCAGUCGCCUGACCCUGACCCUGAGUGAUACUUAGCGGUAGGCGGUGGAACAAGAUGUCAACUUACCCAUGUGGAAGAUGGGCUCGGCCAGUGCAAUUCUUGUUUUUGGUGCGAUCCUUGUGUCUCUAUCUGCAGUCGAGCGAGCUUGCUGUGCGCAGAAGUUUUCGCUGACUUUUGGAUCGCGCUCGGUUACGACAUUCGGCUUGGUCCGGCGAGAUUUUUUCAGGCGUCGGCCUCGCUAUCAGCUGCAGACGCACACACGAAAUCGGGUGCUGUUCUGGUCUGUUGUCAAUCUCAACGCACCUACGACUCUAAUUUCGCAAAAUGGUUUCUCCGAAAGUCUACGACUCUGGCACAGCAAGUGCGUGGAGAACCGAAGGCGCGUCGUUAUUGCCGAGGCCCCGGGACUCGUGAAGAACAGACCCAUGCCGCCAGUCCUGUUCCCUGGAAUCAAAAGCGCGGCAAAGUGGGUAGGCAGCCUCCCCAGCUGGCGCUACUUUUGCGCAUGCGUCACGUCAGGAGGGUGCCCCGGGAGGGCCGGCGUCCGUUUCUUUGCCGGGCCCGCCGGCUUGGCUCGAGUGCUGCGCGCAAUCCGCCUGGACCAGCCCGGGGACACCGGGGGGGGUCCGCGGUCGCGGAGGAUGUGGCUUGCGGGCCUUGAAUUGUUUCUGCCUGAGGGCGGGUCGCGGCCCUGCCGGAAUCGGUUGACGCCAACCGGCAGGACCGACCGACCUCGGGAGGCCCGAGAAAAUCGAGCUAGUUCAUUGCAGCGUCCAGCAUCACUGCGCGACCGCAGCGCGAGGGGGGGCGCGGAGAAGCGCACCAAGCAUAGGGGAGGAGCGCCAAACAGGAGGCGUGCGAGUUUUGUUGCUUUGGCUUUGCAUUUGGCGUUUUUAGCUCGCCCCCCGCGGGCCGGGCCUGGUUUGUAGUGAGGUCACCGAACGGUUCUAGCCUGGCAGUUUUCUUUACAUGAAUUGCCAAAAACGACCGGUAGUUUUCAAGCCGACAGAGAGUUUUUUUGCAUGAAAAAGGUCCCAGCGUGCAAGCCUGUUUGGCUUUGUCAUCAACGAAUCGCCGGCGGGUUCUGUCGAUCGCCGCUACAUAAAACGACGCAAGGGGGCCGUAAAAAGGGGCGCCCUUCUGAGGCGCCCGCCACGUGGGAUGCUGGCGAUUCAUUCGAGGCGCCCAAAAGGGCGCCCGAAAAAAGCGCGCCCAAAAUCAGAAUAGCGAAACUGCAUGGCCUUAGCGCGAUUUCGCACCAUUUUGGGCGGCCGCGAAAGCGGCCGCCUUUUCGCCGGUUUGUAAUCGGGGGAAGCUUUGCAGAAAACGCAGACGCGAAAAAUAAAAACGCAAAAAAGGAAAAGCGCGCCAGACGCGCGAAGCCAAUCCGCACGCUAUGGGCCCGAUUUUUCUUCUGUUUGUGGGUGCCCCCCCGUGGCGCCCGGAUCGGCCCCAUAGCGUCAGGGCUGGCUUCCGGACAGGAAUUUUGCAAAUUUGCCAAAAAUCUUCCCCGUUUUUCAAACGGCCGCCAUGCUGUGCGGCAUAACCUUACCCAAGGCGGCACGGCGGGCCCAGAAAAGGCAAAGCCUUGGCUGCGGCAACGGUCGGCAAGAAAACGCCACCGACCUCACUACCUCCGCCCCGGCGGCUAUUUUUGGUAGUUAGGUGAGUAGAAAUCGUCCUCGGACCAGACGGGCCGGCCGGCAGGCGUCGGUUUGCAUGCUGGCCCGAGAGAAUGUGGCCGCCAUCCCUAAAGCGGAAGAAGGCGCGGCGAAUAUCGGCGAGCAGCAAGCGCGUCGCCUUCCCCUUCUUCGGCCUACUUUAUAUGUUUUUGCCCCUGGCUUUUAUCUUUUGUUUGUGGGUGCGCUUAGUUUUGACUUUAAGGUGAAUGCCCGGGGGACUUAGGCCGGAUCAUCCCCUUCAAGUGAAGAGCAUUCCCCUCGAGGGCGUAGGGUUUAGGGUUGGUUUAGGGCUUAGGGUGUAUGGUUUAGGUUUACGGCGGUGUCGUCUGGGCCAGCCUUCGCGACGGUCGGCCCAGGCGAUUCCCUUUGGCCCCUUCCUGUUCCGGGCCGGGGGCAGGCUCUGCCGGCCGCGGCGCCCUCGCCCCGCCCCCCUGUGUGUGUUCCCCCCUGGGCCGUUCGUUUGCCGGUGGGGCCACACUCGGUGGGGCCGGGACCCCGCUCGUCGGGGCCACACUGUGCCGCCUUUGUAUGUUGCCUCGCUCGGGGGGCGGGGCCUUAGGCUGUCCCGGGCUUCUCUGGGUGGCUUCCCGCCCGUAGCACAUCUGGAGCCAGGAAACGUAUUGGAAGGCCUUCGAGCAAAUACCAAGACGCCGCCCCGCCCUGCCCCCGGUCUGCCUGCCGCCGGCCUCGCUCGCUGCUCCCUGCCUGCCCCCGGCCCAACUCCUGGCCCCCCCACCUGCGUCUUGAGCUGGGUGAUCCUUGGGGGGGUGAUGUUGCCUAUGUCUGUGCUUUGGUUGAUUCCAAUUGCGAGGCCGGUCACCGCUAAAGCACUGGAGCACCUGCGCCAGCCGUCGCGUCAUCGUCUUAUGUAAUCGGCCGUGCGUCACCCACUUAGGACGUAGCGACUCUCUAGCUAUGGCCGUCGUGUCUCGGAUUUGCAUCGACCGCCUUGCCUUUCCGACUGAUUCUCACUCGCUCGUGUGCCCAAUAUACACAAGAGGCAGGCGCGCCGCCUCGUGAGAUGCUAGAGCUUGGGCCCCGCCCUUCAGCAGACCGCGGCCCGCGGAAAACUCGACAGCGCCCGAGCAGUAUCUCGCUUGCAUUGAAGACGAAGCGAGCGCGCGCGCGGACUUUGGCGUUUUGGCUUUCAGCCUUUCGGUCCGUAUUCUACUUUUGCGGUCGUCCUACAACUUGUGUCGGCCGUCGCCUUUAGUUUUUGCGUUUGAGGAUUGCCCUCUUGGUUUUUGCGUUUAGUUUCUACUCCUAUUUAGGCUCUGCCCUCGCUUCAGACCCCCUAGCGUUUGCUCUUUCUUGCUUUUUGGCUCAUGAAUUGCAAGAAACUAGUAGUGCCAGCCUCGCCGGCACGGAACCGCUUCGGAGCAUUUCACGGGCGCCCUGCCAGUUCUAGCAGCGAAGCAAGUAGAACAAGAAGGGCAAAAAGAAAAAAAAGAGCGCCGCAGCGGCCGCGAUCAUUCGAUCGCCGGGAGCGGGGCCGCCGACCGGAUCCGGAACCGGCCGCCGGCAGAAGUGUCGUCGGCACCGGAAUCGCCGGCACCGGGAUCGCCGGCACAACGGGGACCCGGGGCCGGCGCGCGUGCUUCAGGCACAAUUAGGCGCCGGCAGGCGGGCAGACGAGACUUGGCCACGAUCCCCCUGGCGCGCACCAGCUCGGACCGCGGCCGGGCGCCGGCAGCCUGCUAGGGCCGGCCACGGCCUGGCACCGCCUCGGCGACGGUUUGCCUGGCGUUGGCGGGCUUGGGCCGCGAUCUGGCGUCGGCCUGGCUACGAUCUUGCACCGGCUUGGCCACGAGCCUGGGGGUCUGCCGUGCCCGUUUUUCGCUUGGUCUCGGGGCCCGCUUGGUGGAUGUCUUGGAGGUGGCCAUAAAUAUACAUCUCGUCAAUCGUAGAAAGGAAGCGAAGAAGACAACCUGCUACAACAACUCCCAUGCUGCAACCAUACAUACCACGGAAAAUUGGAACGGAAAACAAAAGGAGCUGCAUGAACAUCACUGAGACGGGUUCAAAAUGAUUAGAAGUUGCUUCAGUAAUGAGGAAGGUUGAGGUUUUCACGAAAAAAAAUGCGCUGGCGCAAGACCAGGUCGACGAUUUUUUGCAGUCCGGGAAAAAUUGUAUUUCCGGGUUCCAGCAUGCGGUUGUUGGCUCCUUUUUGUUUUUCUCUCCGGCGCCGGACGUCGGCACAAGUUCGAGUUUUCUGAAUUUACGUUUGGCAUUGCGGAGGUCUGUGAGCAGCCUCUGUGAGAGCGAAAGUCGCUGAGCGAGGGUCGGCGAGAGUGAUCUAUGUAUACAACGAAAACCACCAGGAGCAGGAUGGACCCGCAGCUGCCUUUGCCUCUGGCAGUGCUAGGUGGUCAACAUGAGUGCAGUCUAUCGGUACCCUUCUCAUGCUUCAAUCUUCUAGUUCUAGACCAGGACGGCGACGGGCAAGCAAAAGCAGCCUUGCAUAUCCUCUGAAGAUUUCACCCUCUGACGAUCUGCAGGGUGAGUGUCGAAGUCGCUCAGCGUUGCAAAAAUCGGAACAGUCUUUGCGUUUUUUUGACUUUAGAGGCCAAGAGGGUUCUUCUGUAUUCCUUUUCGAAGAUAUUUACUUUGGACAUUUUCUCCAGAUGCCAGGGCCAGGCGAACACCUGGCAAACGAAGUGACUUUCG